AUGGAUGGGACUAAUUCCUCUGAGGAUCAGGAACUCCACGAGUCAUACUCCGUUCCAUACGGAGCGAAGCAAGGGCGUAUGAAUAUCGGUAACCAUGUCCUUGGAGGUCGUCGUCCAAGCUCCCGUGGAAGCGAAGGACGUCGAUUGUCCAAUUACGAUGGCUGCUCCACUCCUGGGUCGUGGUACUAUUCCGUGGAUCAUUCGGUGUCUGCCAGUGGGUAUAACACUCCAACGAGUGAUCUGUCAUAUAAGCAUGACGUCAUACGACGGAGUUAUAUGCGCGGUCAAAUUGCGGAGAUGAUGAAUCGAUCGUUAUGGUGGAGCGUGAUGGGUAUCUUGAUUCCAUACUUUGCUGACGACUACUAUAUGAUACCGGAGUGCCAUAUUACGUUAAACCUUUCCUUCCUAUUUUCGUCGCUCUUCUCCGACUUGUUGGCAGAGGCCAUGACGAUGCGGACAUUGCUCUGUUUGAGUGUUGUGAGUCGUAUGAUACUUUGGAUCAUAGCCUUCCCCGUUUGUUACCUACUCUUAAGUUCGUACGCUCGGCAGCUGAGUCUCGUCACGUUUUCAUUUUUGGUUGUGAUGGUGUUGGACGGUUUUCAAGAGGCACUAUCCAAAGCUUCUGACAUUGCACGAAAAGGAUUAGACCGAUUGAGCCAUAGCUAUCACCUAAUUAUUACUCCGGAGAUGCACAACCAGAUGAACAAAAUAUGUCAACUGGCGACUGGCACGUCUACCGUGUUAUUGGUACUUCCACUCGCAGCAACUGCCUGCGUCAUUAAGUAUCUUACUGACCAAUCAGAUUUGCUGAUAUUGGUGGCUGUUAUCGGAAGUGCAAUUUUCGUGCUUUCGGCAAUUUCCUUAUGUUCCUACGCCGUAGGACUCAGAAAUUCUAUUACUUUGAAUGGAAUGAUUUAUAAUGAGGGUUUGGAGAUCUCCAUAAGUUCGCUGUGCAACGAAAUAGUUACCAAGCUGGGAGACAUUACUAAUGGCAUGAUGCUGGCAAAGUCUGCAGGCCACCUAUUUAAGCAGAUCACUUUCCUAACUAUGGAAACAGCAUUUCAACACUCAAUGAUCUGUUUUAUUAUUCCCAUUACAGGUUUGUUUGUAGCUCUUAUGCUAAUAGUGUGA